GAGAGAGGCUUCCAUAGCUUGCCAUCGAACUGUUCAUCUCUCACUAUUAGACAUGGCGAUUCCGGUCAUCGAUUUCUCGAAGUUGGAUGGCAAGGAGAGGGCUCAAACUCUAGCAAAGAUCGCUAAUGGAUGCGAAGAGUGGGGAUUCUUUCAGCUGGUGAACCAUGGGAUUCCGGUGGAGCUUCUUGAACGUGUGAAGAAGGUGUGCUCUGAAUGCUACAAGUUGAGAGAGGAGGGUUUCAAAGAAUCCAUACCUGUCCAACUGCUGAACAAGUUGGUGGACCAAGAAAUGGAGGGGAGCACUGUUAAGAGGUUGGACGAGGUGGAUUGGGAGGAUGUGUUCUUUCUCCAGGACGAUAACGAAUGGCCAUCUAACCCACCAGAGUUCCAAGAGACCAUGAAGGAGUACCGGAAAGAGGUGAAGAAGCUGGCGGAGAAAGUAAUGGAAGCCAUGGAUGAGAACCUGGGCUUGGAGAAAGGCUACAUCAAGAAAGCAUUCUCCAGCAGCGGUGAACACGAGCCAUUCUUCGGCACCAAGGUGAGCCACUACCCACCAUGCCCACGCCCCGACCUCGUGAAUGGUCUCCGUGCCCACACCGACGCCGGUGGUGUCGUCCUCCUCUUCCAGGACGACCAAGUUGGCGGCCUCCAGAUCCUCAAACACGGCCGGUGGAUCGACGUCCAGCCCGUAGAAAACGCCAUCGUGAUCAACACCGGCGACCAGAUCGAGGUGGUGAGCAAUGGGCGGUACAAGAGCGCGUGGCACCGCGUGCUCGCCACUCCUGACGGCAACCGCCGCUCCAUUGCGUCCUUCUACAAUCCCUCCUUCAAAGCUAUCAUCGCUCCAUUAACAGUCCCCAUGGAAGAGGAGGCUUCUGCUUCAUACCCCAAGUUUGUCUUUGGGGAUUACAUGGAUGUGUACGUCAAGCACAAGUUCGAGCCGAAGGAGCCAAGGUUUGAAGCAGUGGCUGCAAUGUGAGAGGUGGUGAAAAAAUAAGUUGAUAUUGGUGUGAGUUUCAAGUUUUUUUCGUAUGUAAAAUGUUAUCUGGAAAGCCUGUACGUUAUUCUACUCGUAUGCACCGGACCAUCCAAAUGGGGUGAGCAGGGUUGAGAUUCGGGUUAGUCUGAUGUGAGGACACAUCGACGACAUCCACCUACUCAUCUUGGAGAUGAUCUUAUUUUUCUUUCCUGAUGUAAUAUUUCUUGUUUCUUUUCCUGAUUUCUUUGGCUCUGUAAGAGUUCUUGUUUCUUUU